AUGACCUGCGGCGUGACCUUCGUGGACCGCCUGCUGAAUCGCUCGUUCUACAAAUUAGGUCUCCUGGUUGGCAACCAUCCUGGAUAUUUCAUAGUAGUUCCUAUUUUACUGACACUGCUUUGUUGUACGGGUUACCAAAGAGUCAAAUAUGUGAUAGAUCCAGAAUAUCUAUUUUCACCUGUCAGAGGUGAAGGAAAAUACGAACGAGCGAUCGUGGAAAGCUAUUUCAAAGUCGAUUAUACGAACAGAUUCAAUGUGGCCCGGAUCACUCGACCAGGUCGUUUUGGAAGAGUGAUAGUAGUUCCAAAAGAUGGUGACAACCUGCUCCGAGCAGAAGUGUGGCACGAAUUGCGAUUGCUGGACGAUCUCAUACAAAAUGCCACAGUUCAGUGGCCUCCUGCAAAAGGCUUAGGAGCAGGAAUGGACGACGAUGAGGAACCUCAUACUUUUACUUACCACGACGCCUGCGCCAGGUGGCAGCAGCAGUGUUUUACGAAUGAUAUCCUGAAUUUGGACCACAUUAUCGAAGAUGAUCCCUGCAUGACAUCAUAA